UAACAAAAUAAUUCUAAGGAUAUUGGAGUUCUGAAGUCUUUUAGUGUGCUAUUGUAUCUACCAAAAAUGCAAUAUUACUUUUUACAAGGUACAUCGACAUUAUCCCAUUUAGGCUGUUUUUCAUGCAUAGCUUAUUCAAAUGCGUUUAAUAUUAUACAUUUAUUUAAAGGAAGUGUGACAAUGGCAUUUGGAGUGGUAUCACUAUUGUAGCACAUUUUAGUGUUGCUAACUGCAUGCAACCUUUGUAAAUUGAGUAAUUUAGAUUUUUCUCGUAAUUGGUUAGAUUGGUGCAUAGAAAAUAACAUUUCUCACCAAUUUGAACCCACAAAUUAGUUAAAAAAUAUCUAAACGUAUAAAUUCAAUUCCUCAUAAAAUUUUUUUUCAAAGCAGUUUAAAAAAGGAUACCAGUCAGGUCUGUGCUUCAUCAUUCUCGAGGGAUGACGACCUAGUCAAUUUCUGGUAGACUCUAGCUUCAACCUAAACCAAUAAUGUGCGCUUAAAACUAUAACAAUGAGUGUUGCCUGUACAGUGAAGGGUUACCCUAUUUCACACCAAUUUCCCAAGUCUGCCGAUGUUGAUUGUCAUCCUGGUAUAUUUGUUUAUACUGGUUGCACGUGUUUGCAGACGAAUUUAUUCUUCACCAUUCCUCUACAUAAAUUUGCUAUUGUAUGGGAAUCUCCGUUGUUUAGGAAGAUUUCCGCUAGGUGAACCCUAGAAACCAACCAAAACAUCAUCAUCGUACAUAUGCCUCUGUGAUUUUAUGCGUUGCCAAAAAUUGCUCGAUAUCUUAAAGCCCGCAGCUGAUUGUUCGAUGUGCGAAAACGUUUGCCGGGGUCGACCCCAAGUGAUAUGUGUUAGCGUAUACUUGAAAGCAUUUUGUCGCUAGAUCCAAAGGCAUACAGUAAUCCCUAUCUGGGAAUCACCGGUAUAAUCUGACCUAAGCUAUGGCGUUCUGUGUAAUAUCUGAGCGCAAUUUCAACCGAGUGAUUUUUCACUGCUAAGUCGAAUCAGUAAAAUUUGGGCAAAAGUUUCAUUUGAAUGAUAAAAACGACUACUAGGCAGAAAUUCACACUCGGUUUAAGUAUUAUAGUCAUCUUACAGUUAAAAGAAAAUACGUGAUUGAUCUAAAACGAGUUGAAGAAGUAUGUGUAAGUAGGUAACUAACAAGGUACACGAUUUCCAAACGAUUCCCCUUAUAAUAAACCAAUAUGUAAUAAUUAUAUAUAUUGCAGUCGGGUAGUAACUGUAGCCACCAAAUGUACUUAGAAGGAAGUUUGAAAAGAUCACGCAUUACGCUAAUGCUAUAUUCGGCAAACUGCUAACUGUGAACACUGUUUUCAACUACAUAUGAGUCAAAACUCGAGCUAAUUGCUGCGGCCAUUGCGAUUUGCAGGUAAACGCAGUUUCGCCGCUCAUCAAUAUUAAAUAUAAUGAAUGUAUUUAUAUUGCCUCUGACGAGGACAUUUACAACGAGUUGCCGAAGGACGGCUAAGCCAGGUUAUUUUUUACACAAGCUGAUAGAGCGCGAAAAAAAUAUCGAAAACAAGAUUGUGGAGCAGGAAAACAAUAAACUUACCACAGUUAAGAGAUUGCCGCCUGAAGCGAAUAGGCGUCAACGGGUUCUGAACGCGCUGUACAUGGAAACAAUUACGGGCGUGCUUGCUUCCGAAUUUGGAGAGCGCCUAUCAGGUUAUGGGAUUACGGUGAUUGAAGUUAGGAUUAAUUUUGAGCUCACUAUUGUUAACGUUUAUUGGAUAUGCGAAAGCGACGUAUGUACAGAGAGCGGCACUGUCGAAGUUGCAGAAGCCGCUGCGACGCUAAAGGAAAUUGCGCCGCAGAUUCGAGCAGAGCUAACCGCCGUGCGACAUAUGGGCGUGAUUCCAAAGAUCCAAUUUAUCCGUUACACUGGCUUAGACAAAGGAAAAGAUGUGAUUUCGAUACUGAAGGGAUUACGAGCUGCUGGCGAGGUAGAAGGUGUACAACCGGCAGUUCCUGUACAAGACAAUAUCUCUGACGUGUAUGGCCUUGACCGUACAAAAAUUCUUCAAGAGCUGAAAACGAAAUGUGCUUUUGCCGACGUUGAUUUAGCUGGUCGUGUAAACGUUGACAUAGAUCUUCAAAAGACAAUUUUGAAAAAGCUUCAAAUGAAAAGAGUCCAAAGAAAGAAGGAAAACGUCCUUUCGACGAAGGAAAGGGCGCGACUGGAGAGAGAGGUAUACGAAGAGGUGUUUCUUAAGCGUUGAAUAACUUAUAAGGCGUAUACGUUUAUAGAAAAA